AUGAGGAGGCCGGACAUGCGGAUCCCCGAGCCUCGCAUGGGCAGCCCCGCGUCACGCCGGCUCGUGGCUGGUGCCUUCGCGGCGCCCGAGUUGUUGCCGGGAGUGGAGCUGGCCAGCGGCGGGGCAGUUGGCAACCAGUCGAGCGACACCGAGUCCACUCUGCGCCCUCUCCGAGGAGUCCUCGAUGCUUUCCAAGGACUGCCUUGGCUCCACGGGACCAGUGAGAUGGCCGGUGAGGCUGAGCGGCCCCCCUGCACCUUGCUUGGGCACAAUCCUCUCAGCGGCGAUCCGUGCCGACGAGAUGAGGACCGCAAGGGUGAUCUGUCGAGUCUUGGCCAGAGCAUCUCCCGCAGAUCGGGCGGGUGGCAAUUUUUAAUUUUUCCAUAG